UUAAGGAAAAUGUGGUGCAUUGCAGAGCAGCAAAGUGAAAUUGUCACACCCCAGCAGUUUCCAAAGAACACAUAAUGGCAUUAAGUGCUCACCCAAAGUGUGUACUUGUUAUGUUAUAGAAAGAAAAAAAAACCCCAUGAUAACCGAAUGUGGUGAAUGCGAGUUAAAAGAGGAAAAAAAAAAAAACUGUCGAAUUGGGUACAGACUGAAACUCCCCAUUUUAGGACGCUGAAACUAUUAGAUCUGUGCAAACGUAUGUUCCAUAUUCAACAUCCGCCCACGGUACUUUGUGGUAUCCUCUUUAUGGUUUUCAUCCUGCUGACUGACAGACUAUUCUUUUAAGCAACUCGUAACUGUUUUCGGUGAAACUAUCUCAGCAACCGGCUGCACAGGAAAUGACAAACCAAGGCUUUCCUUUGUUUUUUUUCCUUUCUUUCUUAGCCAUGGCCAGUGCACAAGAGCCAGAAAUGAGUGCAUGCUACCGGAUAGCUCCAGGCACGCUGGCAGGUGUGGUUCUCGGUGACAUCACGCUUACAGUAAUAAUUGUCGCCGCUACAUACUACUGUGCUAGUAAGCGCAGAAUCAAAAAGGAAAAGGCUGAUAAAGUCUACAUGAAUGUCAGAGCGAACUGCAAACAAUAAUGGAUGUACGAAGAUGAAGAUUUGACUGUAACAAAGUUAUAAUUUUGCAUUUUAAAAAAAUUUUGUUUUCCUACUUUCACAUUUCAGUUAUUUAUUGUCUGUGACUCCAACAACUAUAUCACUUGGUUGCAUUUGUAAUAAUUUAUAAUAUGUAUGUAUUGAGGCAUUCUCAAUUGAGAGACAUUUCACUGUUGAAAUACACUUGAUGGACAAACAUUUGUGGACACAAAUUGUGACCAUAGGAUUCGUAUAAUCUCUUUGAACAUCCCAUUUGACAUCCCAUUAAUUUAGUCCCCAUUUUUUAACAAAUUUAGGUACUGAUAGUGGUGAGGUGAAUAGGCCUGGGGUGCAUUCAGCAUUUCAAACAUCUCAAAUGUGUUCAGUUAAGUUAAGGUUUAAGCUCUGUAGCAGGACUCUCACAAGUUUCAACUUAAACGCAUGUAAUCCGUAUGUUCAUGGAGCAUUGCUUUGUCAUGCUGGAAAAGGUUUUGGAUCUCCCAGUUCAAGUGAAGGGAAAAUGCAAUGCUACCAUUUCUGAAGACAUCCUGUAAAAUUGCGUGCCUUUGUGGUAACAGUUUGGGGAAGAAUCACAUAUGGAUGUAAAAAUCAGCUGUCCCAGCACUUUUGUCUGUAUAGUGUAUACAGUGCCUUUUGAAGCAAAUUAUAUUUUCUGUGUAACAUUAUUGGUAAAUGUUUUACAUUAAAAAUAAAAUGUUUAACAAAAGGGGGAAAAAUGAGAUUUGUCUUUCUUAGCGAAAAUUAUUUGCAUGUACCCUUAUUAGGCAACUAGAUUUUUUUUUUUUUGCCAAAUUGUGUACACUUCAGUCUUAUAGUAUAUAACAAUUAGCAAAAAAAAACUAUUUUGGCCUCAAAAUGAAUAACAAAUACAGGCACUCUUCUUUUCAGUAACCACUAUGAGCCUUCUGUCCAUUGAAUCUGCCACUUUAUUGAUCAAUUUUCUGUUUAAAGAGUGAAAUUGUCUUCCUUCAUUGUAAAUCUCAUGACUAAGAAUGGCCCAGAAAUACUCAAUAUGAAUUAAGUCAGGUAAGGAAGAAGGAAGAAGGUUAUAAUUCUGUCAUCUUUGCUCUUAAAACCAUAGCCUUCUUGAAUGUUCCUUCCUGAACCAAUGCUUUUGGGAGUUUAUAUUCAGUCCAUCUUCAAAAGGUCCAACUUCCUCAUCAUUAAUGACACCAGCCCACAGCAGAACACCUUCUUGUCUCUGGUUCUCUGUAGCCAUUAGUGAUCUGGUUCAUCUAUAAAGGUCUGUUUUGACAGUGGCAAGGAAAACUUCCUGAGAUGGUAUGAACCUCUAGAGCAGUUGUCCAUGAUGUCCAUGUCUCUGCCCACUUAACACGUUAUACUUCUGAACUUUCCUGGAAGUUUACAGUUUGGAAAUAUGGUGGCAUUCAAGGAUAAUGGUUUCCUGGUAAACUUACCUUAAUUUUUGAGUCUUUUGCAGUCAACUUUUGCCUUUUUGUCUCCAUACAUUUUUGUGUCGAAGCUGUUGAAUAUUCAUACCAAAAUUUAUAGCUUGAAUCAUUUUAUUUAGAAAAUUUUUACAUCUUCAGUCUCUUUUCUUUUUAUCCAUUUUUCUCAUAGGCUGUUUAAUAACUAUGCACAUCUAAUAUCUGUAAACAUUUACAUUUAUAUAGUUAAGAUUUGGAAAAUAUGCAAAGAAAUGAUGAUCAAAACAUGAUAAAGACUUGUCUAAUUAUAAUGCAUGAAGUGUAAAUAACUUUGUUUGGUAUUUUUCUUUGUAUAUUUGUGUUAUGAAUCAUUUCUCAAACUUAUGAACAAAUUAUUUUUAUUUUCUUUUGUUUGUUUUAUUUAAACUUUUUUCUGUGCUCUAAAACAAUAAAGGACAUUUACAGUAU